CUCGUUACUUAGCAACGACGAACGCUCUGAUCGUACUCCGCUUGCUUGCUGUGUGCAGUCUAUGGCUGUGUGCUAGGGUGCUAGCUUGGAAAGCACCAAAGCCCAAACAUGGAUGAUGAAGACGACCUGGACGAACUUCUAGAUGAAGUUGAAAAAAAGUUUUGUCGCAACGUUUCUGUCGCAUCUUCGGCUUGCGUGGACCAGAGCGAGGCUGGCAAAUGCGGGAGAGACGACGAAGGGCACAGAAAAUACAGUGCCACAAAACCUGAACAGCCGAUAAGCAGCGUCACUGACGAUAUUGACGCGCUUCUGGAAGAACUACUGGAGGAAGACUUCAGCGAUUCCCCUCAACUAAAGACUGAAGCAUUUCCUAAAGGAACCCAAGCAGAGAAGAAGCUGCCGUCUCAGUCUGGAGGGAGAAAGUGCUGUCCUGUGUUCGUUGGCGGGAGCUCUGUCACAAACGGUGUAGGAACAGCCACAUCCAAGAGGUCGUGCCACCAGUUGAGGUGUACUUCCUGUGACUUCCGGGUGCUGAUGUUUGAUGACUGUGAGUGGGACAUGUCCUGUGAUUACCUGUUCCUCAGGAACAACAUGCCAGACCGUCAGAAGCUCAGAGCCAAGCUGAAGAAGAGGAGAGGUUUGCGGGCGUACGCCUGCCAGUGCAGCUGGUUCUCCACGUCGGAGCCGACGGACCUCAGAGACCAACCGCAGCUCCGAUGGGUCUGUGGCAAACACCAGGACUGAUGUUCAAGGCAACUUAAAAACUUACAAACUAACUCUGGAUAACAGAAAUGUUACGGACAGAGAAACUUCUAUAUUUAGCUGAUAUCUGUCUUUUGCUCCGUCCAUCCAUCUACUCGACUUCAGCAGCCUUUUCAGAGACAAAAUCCAUCUUCA